AAUUUCAUCUCCUCAUCCUCAGUAACCAGGCGGUGAAGAUGUUGGAGUCGAGGGAGAGGGCGACUCCCGGCAUGUUCGGCGAGCUGCUGCGUAACGCCAGCAUGGGAGACCUCCGCAGCUGUCCUAGUCAGUGCGGGCAGCAGCUCAGGAUUGCUCGUGUCCUCCUCAACAGUCCGGAGAUCAUCACCAUCGGUCUGGUUUGGGACUCGGAUCACUCAGACCUGGCUGAGGACGUCAUUCACACCCUGGGGACCUGCCUGCGUCUGGGUGAUUUGUUUUACAGAGUGACGGAGGAGAAGGCCCGUCAGUCGGAGCUCUACCUGGUCGGUAUGGUGUGUUACUACGGGAAACAUUACUCCACCUUCUUCUUCCAGACAAAGAUCCGGCGAUGGAUGUACUUUGAUGACGCACACGUCAAAGAGAUUGGUCCCAAGUGGAAGGACGUGGUCUCUCGCUGCAUCAAGGGACACUACCAGCCCCUGCUGCUGCUGUACGCUGACCCCCGGGGGACACCGGUGUCGGUGCAGGACCUGCCCUCACGUCUCGACCUCCACCACCUCAACAAGGCCUGUUACGACAGCGAAGACUCGGGCCGGGAGCCGUCAAUCUCCAGCGACACUCGCACCGAUUCGUCGACGGAGAGCUACUCGUGCCGACAGCCCUCCCACUCUCACCAUGAGUCCCUGGCCAGUCACUACUCAUCUGACUCCCAGGGAACCGUCAUCUGCAUCGAACGCCCAGAAGGAGCCCUGCACGCCUCGCUCUGCAGCCUGGAUACCAUAGGCCACGUGACGGACAGUGAGCAGCGCCAGUCUCUGAGGAAGGGAGGCGGGGCCGGGGAUAGGAGGCGGAGCUCUAGCCGCACCCGGCGAUCUAAACCCGACAACGAAGCUUCGUCAGCCGGGUACCACAGCGAGGGAGAGACGUUGAAAGAGCAGCAGGUUCCUCGUCAACUCCCCAAACCUUCAUCCUCCUUCUCAUCUUCAACCAAUCGCCUGCGAGACUUCAAGGAGACCAUGAGCAACAUCCUGCACAGCCGACCCCUCUCCUCCUCAUCAUCCACCUCUUUACCUGCCGCCGUCCUUUCGUCUGAAAUCCCCUCCUCUGCCAACGGCCGCCACCAACCUGCCGCCAACACCGCACCCUCCUCCUCCAACAUACCCCUCGACUGGGAGGCCGACAGCACCAGCAGCGAGUCCAAGUCCAGCUCCUCUGGAGGAACGGGGUCGGGGAGAUACCGGCCAGCAUGGAAGCCCCGGAGGGAGGUGCUCAACAUCGACAGCAUCUUCACUCGGAGAAGGCAGGUGGGGUACAGCCCGCUCGGAGCCUCCCAGCCCGACGACUGUGCAGCUCCAGCCUCAGAGGGAGCGGACGCUUCCUUCCCAGCCCCGCAGGAGGUGAUGUCUGUCAGGCCCGGCACCUCCUGGACUCUCCCCACCGCCGGCAGCAGCCACAGAGGAGGUGGAGGUGUCACAGAGCUGCCUCCUCCUCCCCCUCCCCCUCCCAGGCUGAUCCAGAGGAUGGAGAGCGGAUAUGAAAGCAGCGAGAGGAACAGCAGCAGCCCGGUCAGCCUGGACCUGAACCUGGGAGACAGGGAGUGUGCCGUGAAGAAGCCUUCGGUCUCCUCCUCUUCCUCGGGGCCGUCAUGGAGGAACAUCAGAUCAAAGAGCAGCGGCGCUCUGCUGCAGGACGUCAGCUCUUCCAGCAGAGGGAGCCUUGCGCCCCCUGUGGGCCGCAGCGAGCUGGACGAGCUGCAGGAGGAGGUGCUGAGGAGAGCGAGGGAAGAAGAGCAGCAGCGACGCCAGGAGAAGGAGAGGGAGGCGGCGCUCGGCUUCAACCCACGACCCAGCAAGUACCUGGACCUGGACCAGCUGCAAAUCCAGGGUA